AUGUUCCUAGAAGAGUGGCAGUUUUUCGAAACCCCAUUCUUUGAACCAUUGAAAGGGUUUAAAGAUGUACCGUUGGAUGAUGGUGAAAUAGAUUUUUUCAAUUUCGAAGACCCUCAUAUUCAUACUCAUAAUUAUUUCAAUAAUAAUAAUAAUAAUAAUAAUAAUUUCAGUAAUAAUAAUGACAAUAGUAAUAACAGUAAUGGUAAUAAUAGUAAUCGUAAUAAUGUUAAUCGUAAUUAUGAUGAACAAGAAACUAAUUGUAACAACAGUAAUGGGUUAAUGGAAGAUUGGUGGCAGUUGCCAACGCCUGACAGUGAGAGCGGUAGUGGUUAUGCUCCCCUAAGCGAUAGCGCCGCAGGUUCGCAAGCCACACCUGUGGAUUUCUCUCUGCGGACCUCGGCUUCGGGAGUCCUAGAACCGGCACCGGUGCCGGCUUCUUCUUCAGUAUCAUCAUCAUUCCUGGUGACUGAUGGUUUUUCGCUGGACAAUGAGCAACUGCUAGAGCAGGAUCAAGAGUACGGACACGAAGAGGAGGAUGAACAUGAAGAUUCACAUGAAGAUUCAAAUGAAGAUUUGAACGAAGAUUCACACGUGGGAGGGACACCAAUUCUCACCCCAACACCACGCUAUGUGAAACAACCACGUCAAAAUCGUUAUUCAGGUAGUUCACCACCAAAGGGUAGAAGAGUCUCUGAUUCACGUCUAUCUGCACAGGGGUUAGCAGAAGUUUUAAGACUAGACUCGCCGGACGAGGCAUUAAAACGUGAGAGGUUUAUUUUAGACAUUUUCGAAACCGAACUUCAUUAUCCAUUAGGUUACAAGACAUGGGUUAGGGAUACCUCUAAAGAUUACAGACACAAGUUAAUUGAUCAAUUGUACGAUAGAGUCAGGGGUACCUAUCCUGAAUACGACAGAAAUGUGCUAGAGACAAUUAUUAGAAGAGCCACAUAUUAUAUCAUGCAAAGCAGAUUAAGAAGAGAAAGACGUGCGAAGGCCAAGAGUAGGCGGGAAAGUUCUUCCUCGAGCAAUUAA